UUUUGCUGGAGGCACAGAGCCCUCUGCAUCCAAACGAGCGUUCAUUUCCUCCUGCCUCAGCUCUGCUGCUGGAUCCCGGGCAGCAAUCAGCGGCUCGGGCUCCUGGCAUCAGCACCAGCAGCUGCAAGGGCUGGGCUGCAAGAACAGAGGGAGCAAUCCGUGCCCAGCAGGAUGCCCUGAUGGAUGGCAAGGUGAGAGAGGAGAAGGGCUGUUGAGUCUCCCUGUGGCCAUGUGGUGCUGCCUGACCCCACUGUCCGGCCCGGGGCCAGUGUGACUGUGACAUCCUGCCUGUCCUUUUCUGGGUCCAACGCCUCCGUCACUGAACAGUUUGAUGGAGAAUCGGUCGGAUGACAGCGGGAACUGUUGUUAUCACCGGGGGAAUCCUAGCGACGGUGAUCCUACUGUGCAUCAUCGCUGUGCUUUGCUACUGUAGGCUACAGUACUACUGCUGCAAGAAAAAUGACUCCGAUGAGGAAGAGGAGGAGGAAGAGGAGGAGGAGGAGGAGGAAGAGCCCGACCUGCCCGCGCACUCGCACCUCGUCAUGUGCAACGCCUGCAGCUCCCGCAUGGUGGACGGGCAGGGCAGCCCCGCGCCGCCGCCCGGCGAGCUCAACCAGCACGGGGCUCACACCUACUGCCCGACGUGCUCUCCCUACGGCUCCCCCUUUUACAUCCGGACUGCCGACAUGGUGCGCAACGGCGGCGAGAGGGUGGCCUACACCCCCGCGUGCUACAAGGAGAUGGGGCCGCCCCUCAACAUGGCCUCCCUGCAAAGCUACACGGUGAGCCGCCACGGCCUCCUCCGCGACAGCUUCCCGAACCCGCGGGCCAUCAGCACGGAGGUGUAGUCACCAUUGCCACUAGCACAGGGUGUCCCCGGCUGGCACCGCUCCAGGGAAGGGGCUUUUCACUUGGUUUUGAGGAGAGGAGCCCGCAGCCCAGCCCGAGGCCAGCGCGGCCCUGCUGAGGCGCCCAGCACGGCCGGGCCAGAAGGCGAGUGAGACCUCAAAGGGCAACGCUGAACCGGCCACCUCCGAACCCAUCAUAAGUGUCAUUAUUAUCUACUCUCUCUCCCAAAGGGACUUGUCUAACGAGGGCUAUGUACAGUACAACCUAAUCUAAUUACCCCCGGCUCCCUGAGCCCAGUGAGGCCUUCGGUGUCCCCAUGCAGCCAGCUGAGGUGAUGGCACACGGAGCAAUGGGCUGAUCAUCCAGGGCCAGCUGCCAUCCCCGUGAAUCCCAGUGCCCAGCAGGGCAUGGCAGCACUCCUCAGCCGUGGGGAAGUGAAGAAGGGAAGAUCCAGGUCGUCCUGCUCCCCUCGUGCUGCGUCAGCUGCCGCUAGCAGUUUGCUUUUCUGUUCAAGUGUAAGAUAGGGCACCGUCUCCCACCUGCUUCGGUCUUUGCACGUGCUGAAGAAGUUCGGGACAUGAAUUUAGGUCACUGCCGGGGGAGGCAAAGUUCCUUGCAAAAGAGCUCACCCACGCUAACAGGCACAGGCCAGUCCUUCUGCGGCCUAAGCCCCCACCUCUUCUACUCUUCACAAGCUUUCUUAGGAACAAUUUUAACUUGGACCCAUGAAUAUGGCAAGAUUUUACUUAUGGGAAGAAUUGAAUUCCUAAAUAACCACAGUUUUGGUCACCUUCAGCUUUCAAAGCCCCACCCUGACAGCUCCGACAGCCAGAGAAAGGUUGGCUUUAGGAUGGAUUUUGCUUUUGACAGCAACAGCAGAGCCCACUGGCUCAUGCCUUCUUUGCAGGGCACUCCCACUGGAGAAUGAUGUUCAGGUGGUUGGGGUCCCCCUGCUUUUGCUUCUCGAAGAAGAGGGUGCAAGACCCGAAUGUGUCUUGAACAUGUUGUGAACGUGGGUUCACAGGCACUGCAGCCGGCAGUGACAGCCAGUGACUCUGCCUUUCUGCAAAAAUGAAUGUGGGAAAGUUUCUUCUUCCUCCAUAAAUCAAAUUAGGUGAAAAAUUACUAAAGGGACAUCUCCAUCAUUCCCAGGCACUUCCAUAGCAACCAGUGCAGGACUGCUCUGCUGAGCACUUCCCAUUCACGGCAGGGAGGAGGGACGGGGACAGCAGUGAUCCCUGCGGAUGCUGUUGGAGGCAGUGACAGGAAACCCUUGCCAUGCCUUUGCAAUAUAGGGUAGGACUGCUCAGAAACGUGAGUGGUGGGAUUUUAUUUUCACCACUGCAAUUUAGAAAUGAUCCCACUGCUCACAAAAGGAUUUGGACUUGACCUCCCCGCUCACACACAGAAAAAGUAGGUCUCAGCACAGAGGCACACAGUGCACCAGCCUCAAAUAUCCACUUUACCAGGCUGAUGUACACAUUGGACCUGCCCAUGCCUUGGCAGUUCUCUGAAGAAAGCAGCCAAAACAUCACAAAACAUGGUGAUGGUCCUUGUAACCAAACACCUUGCCCCAGCCUGCAUUUUACACACACUUCUGAGCAAAUGUUAUGCACCAUCUCCCCCACCUCCAGCCCAAAAAGACAUUGCAUUUCCAUUAUCUGGAGACUCUGUCUGGCUGCAUUGCUUUCAGAGUCUCUGUCCAUUCUCCAAAUAGUGAUAGCAGGUUUUAAUGUCCUCUGACACUAAGGGCAGGCAGGAGGGAAGAUGAAAGUUACCAGCAGCAAAGCUCUCUGGAUCCCACUGGUCAAUAGUCUGCAGCUCCUGCCUCCCAUCUAGCCAGUGCUCCUCCCUGAAAACAUGGUCUGUAACUGGAAGAAAAUCUUGGCUAACUUGAUAAAUCCCAUUCUUUGCCACUAGAGCAUCUGCUCAGCUAGGUCUCAUCGUGCUGGGAGCCAGGAGAAGUUAAUGUGUCCCAGCAUGGUCCCUGCCAGACAGCCCCGUGGUCUCUGGAUGCCGUCCCCUUGGCGGGCACAGAGCACAUGGACACGGCGGCUCCCGGCAUCCAACUCUACCUCUUGGCACACACAGAAAGGCUUUCCAGCACCAUGGCAGUGCCAUGACCUCCAGAGGGUGGGGGUAACACACUUCUGGGGGUCACCCUUGUGGUUGAAGGAAGGCCACUCCACUGUCAUCUUCGUCACAAGCAAAUUAAGCGUGACCUGUCACGGGCUAACAGGCGCCAAGGCUGGGGAGGCAGUUCCAGAGCAGCCAGAUGGCCAAGAUGAGGGUUGGCCUUGCAGCCAACACACACCCUGGGUCUGGCAUGGCUACAGGGAAAUGGGUGAGUCUGGCAGGGCUGAAAACACGGGGGAUGCAGCUGAGAAUUAGAGGGUUUGGGAGCUGGUGGAAGAACAGGAUGGGGUAGGGGCAGGGAUCCCAGGUUUUUUUCCACUUCAGAUUCCUCCUGUUACUAUUCUCUGUCUUUGUUGCUCAGCUAUGGGUCCAAAUUCAAUGUCAGAAAUAAAUGAGGACUUUGAAAUACAAACCAGAAGUGGUUUCUGUUCUUUUGGCAGGCAACACCAAAAGGGCUUUAUCCAGUGCUGCCUGGAAGCUCUACUGGUGCAAGGGUUUUUCCUCCCCACCCUUCCUGCUCCUGCUCCUCUUGUGUGCCCUGCUCCUCCCUUAGCUCUGGCCUAGGCACAUGCAUCCCAAAUCCACAGUUUUAUAGUUUAUCUCUUUAUUGUGAGAA